UCAAAAGACAUGUGUACCACCCACACACUUAAUACCAACAUAUCUUAUUGAUAUCAAUAUUAUUUUUAUUAUACAAAUAUUUCAAUUGCUUUUUGUUUGCUAUAUUCUCACUCAACCUCUUCAAACUCUUCCUUUCAUACAAAAUUCUUCCAAAAUCAUAAUUGGAGUCCAAUUCAUUUUCUUGCUUUUAUUUUUUUUUCAAUGUUCUCUUGUUUUUUUUCAAUUUUGUGAUUUUUAGCUUAAUUCUUGUUUUCAUGGCUUAGUGACUUACCUUAAUCAUCAAGUUACCAUCUUUUAUCUCUCCUUCUCUCUCCAUGGCUAUCACAAAUUCUUUAUCCAAAUACAUGACUUUGUUCAUCAACACCUCUUUCCUUUUGGUUAUUUGUGUUUUCAUGAUUAUUCACUUCAACACACCAAAAGAAUUUGGUGUACUUGUAAGGAACAAUCAAUCUACCUUUGAUGAUGAAAGUGAUGAUGAACAACAAGAUUGCAAUAUAUUAGACAACAUAGGUAACAACAAAGACAAGUGUUUGUACCUUAAAUCCAACAAUAAUUCAUGUGUCUCUCAAGGAUACAUUGAUUACCUUUUAAUUUUCUAUUGCAAAUUUGGAAAAUUCCCUUUAUUGGGUUAUACCCUUUUGUUUCUUUGUCUAUUAAUUCUUUUUUAUUUGUUGGCUAAUACAACUUCUUAUUAUUUUUGUCCUUCACUUGAAAACUUGUCCAAAUUGUUAAAAUUAUCACCAACAAUUUCUGGUGUCACUCUUCUCUCUCUUGGUAAUGGUGCUUGUGAUGUUUUUUCUAGUCUUGUUUCUUUUCAAGAAAGUGAGACACGUAAUAUUGGUUUAAACACAAUUAUUGGAGGUGUUUUUUUUGUGUCAUGUGUUAUUGUUGGAAUAAUUAGCAUUUCAAUUCAUCAAAGAAAUGUUCAUGUUAUAAAGUAUGAUUUUGUAAGAGAUAUUUGUGUUUUACUUUUUGUUCUUCUUUGCUUAUUUUGUGUUUUGAUCAUUGGUGAGAUUAAUUUUCUUGGAGCAAUUUGUUUUUGUUUGAUUUAUCUUGUUUAUGUAUUUUUUGUUUAUGUCUCUUCUACUAAAUGGAAAGAUGGUGAAAGGGGUAAUGAUGGUAUUUCAAGUUAUGGUACUAAUGAUCAAUUGAAUUUGAAUGUGCCUCUUAAUGAUGAUGUGGAGAAAAGAUCCAUUGAUUGUGUUGAAAAUGGUAUUCAAGAAUAUGAUUUGAAUAUAGAGAAAAAUUGUUGCUACAUGAAAUCUUCAAUAUGUAGAAUUUCACUUUGUGUUCUUGAGAUGCCACUUUACUUGCCAAGAAGAUUAACAAUUCCAAUUAUAUGUGAAGAAAAAUGGUCAAAGGUAUAUGCAAUUUUUUCAAUGAUAUUAGCACCACUUCUCUUAUCUUUUCUAUGGAACACUCAUAAGGGAUAUAGCAUUUCAAACACAAAUAUUAUUAUUUAUGGAAUUGGAUUAUUGGUUGGAAUUAUAUUUGGUGUAAUAGCAUUUUUCACAACGGAAAUGUUAGUGCCACCAAAAAAGUAUUUAUUUAUUUGGCUUGUAGGAGGGUUUAUAAUGAGUGUGACAUGGAGUUACAUUAUAGCUCAAGAGUUGGUUGGAUUGUUGGUUUCAAUUGGUUUCAUAUGUAGAAUAAGUCCUUCAAUUUUAGGGUUAACUAUUCUUGCUUGGGGUAACUCAAUUGGUGAUUUGAUGGCAAAUUUAACAAUGGCUUUAAAUGGUGGACAAGAGGGGGUUCAAAUAGCAAUUUCAGGUUGCUAUGCUGGUCCUAUUUUUAAUACUCUUGUUGGAUUAGGAAUUUCUCUUGUAAGUUCAACUUGGUCACAAUAUCCACAACCUAUUGUGAUUCCUAAAGAUCCUUAUCUAUGGGAGACAUUGGUGUUUUUGGUGUUUGGAUUGGUUUUUGCACUUUUGGUUUUGUUAAAAAAAGAUAUGAAACUUGAUGGAGUAUUAGGAGGAGGACUUUUAGUUGUUUACUUCAUUUCUCUGUUUUUGAGGUUGAUUCAAACACAAGGGUAUCUCCAAUUUUAUGACAUGUAAUUAAGGUUUAGAUUCUUAAUAUACUAGACUAGAUAUAACUUGUUUUAAUUUGUCAUUAGACUCUUGUAGCUAUUAAUUAGCAAAUGAUUUGUGACAAAGAUGGAUAGGUGUAAGUUUACUGAUUUUUUUUUUCACCACCAGUAUCCAGCCACAGGAUCGUCUAAUCUGAUUCGGAGGUCAAUUCUGUCAUCAAGUGGCUACAGCCCCCUCCGAUCGCAGUUGUGGGGGAUUAGGUGUAAGUUUACUAGUUGUAUGUUUUCAAUUGUUCUUUUGUAUCUAGCUCUACUAUUUGGCUAAUGUGCUUUCAUGUCAAAAAUUUGUCUCAUGAUUUUGAAAUGUACAAAAUAACAUAACUCAAUUCCAUGAA